AUGUCAAACUUUGUGAUGCCAGAUGUUGAGGACGAUUACAUUAGCUAUGCCUCGGGUCUAGAGCGUCACUUCCAAGAAACGGGCGAAAGACUAGCUCUUCUCAGCACGCCAGAGACCAGACUAAAGCAAGAAGCCGAGGCUGAAGCUGAAGCCAAAGCCAAAGCUGUAGCUGAGGCAUUGAGCAAACUCACAGAAAGAGAAGGAAGGAGUUCAGAAGAAGCUCUUCCCGAACGUCCUCUUGGCCUCAAAGCUAAACUCAAGAAGCUUCUCCCAGAUGCAUUAAGGAAGAGAGACUCGCACCCCAAAUCAUCCACUCUGCCCAAGAUCGUCCACGUCCAUCAAGUCGAUGAUCAACCAAUCCCUUCCGGUUCCGAAGAGGUCUUGGUUAUCAGCACGCCAGAGACCAGACUAAAGCGAGAAGCCGAGGCUGAAGCUGAAGCCAAAGCCAAAGCCAAAGCUGUAGCUGAGGCAUUGAGCAAACUCACAGCAAGAGAAGGAAGGAGUUCAGAAGAAGUGGUACACUUUACUGAUAUUUGCUUCCAUUUCCAUUGGCCCAACUCUCUACAUUUGAUUGACAACGAAGAUGAAGCUGAGAUCAAGUCCGAAGAAGAGGUAGAAUUUGAAAGCUAUGAAAACAAUCCAUUCUUUCCUCAGAAUGAUGGUAUUCUACGAUAUGAUGAAGAAUUUAGGGUAUACACCAAUAGAUUUAUAUAUGAUGGAAACGCGAAUCUAUACACUUAUAGGUAUUAUAUUUAG